AUGUCCUGCUUCAUCGCCAGUGGUGCCACUUGCACCCCCUGGUACUAUGCACCCACGCGGACCCAUUUAUCCGUCGCGCCCCUCCAUGCCGGGGACCACCCCCACGGCGCGAUCGACAACUCUUAUAUCGUCGCGUUCAGGGAAGACGUGUCCCCUGCUCUGAUGGGCAACUAUCUCAACUUCUUGCAGAUGACUCGUGCCUCAGAUUCCCUCCGUGGAGAUACGUGGUUGACAGCCUUCAGAUACGUAGGCAAGUUCACUGAGGGAGUCGUGGGACAAAUCCACAGGAUACCCGAGGGCAACCUCGUGGAGAAAAUUCAGUUAUCCGCGCGAUAUUUUUCAGGUUUGGUGCGGAUAAGCCUUCGACCCAAGUUGACUUGCUCGAUUUUCACAAAGUAUGUCUAUGAUGAUGUGGCAGGAGAGGGUGUAGAGGCCUAUGUUAUCAACACAGGUAUCCCUGUCGAGCAUGCACAGUUCUGGGACCUCGUAGCCUGGGGAUUAGCCCGGUCACGGUACUCAUUGUACCGGCACCAUCGCUUCUGCAAGAAAUGGGCUCGUAAGUCAGCUCUCGCGAAGGCCGAGGAAGCAUGCAUCGAGCGUGCUGCAACCAGAAAAGGCAAGCACAGGGGCUCCGUUGGGAACAUGACGAAUCUUAGCAGUGGCAAAUCGACUGAUUUGGACAUCACAGUGAACAGGGCUUUCACUUUGCUGUCGUUACAGUUAGGUAACGGCGAUCGGAAGGCUUGCAUACACUCUCCUGCCGGUGCUGAGAAGGCAGUCACCGUUGGUGCUUCUACUCUCAGUGAAAGAGCCUACUUCUCAAACUACGGCAAAUAUGUCAAAGUGUUGCGCUCGCUAACAUCAAUCAAAGGCAUCAACAUCCUGUCUACCUGCAAGGGUAGUCAUCAUGCGAUUGCUGCUUUUUCGAGUACCUUUAUGGCUUCUCCCCCACACUGCCGGCUUCAUGGCAAUGCUGCACCUUCAGACUGGAACGACCGGUAUCCUUCGAUAUACACCAUUGCGUACAUGGCUCUUCCUCGCUGGAUCGUGGCCUGCCUCCCGCCGCCUGAAUUCCUUGCGCCUAUUCCUUCGGACGACGUUAUCUGCGCAUUCCGUAAGCUGUCCUCCAAGGACCCCAUCAAUAACGCUGGUGACGGCAGCUCCAACAAACUCAUCUUCAACAAUGCCUCAUCGAAUUAG